AUGCCCGAGUCUGUGGAAAUCCCGCCUUUCACGGCGGUGCCGGAGGCCAAGCCCGCAGACGCAAGCUCUCCCCUAGAAUCGCCCAAGUCGCAGUUCAGUAAACACAUCUUGGUGAAUUCAAAUGCGUUGCAGUUAACCACCUAUCCCGGCUUGAACGGCGUCGACCCUGUGCCGCUACAAUGGGGGGCAGCAGAUGCCAAAUCACGUGGGCCGAUUGUCGUCUCGCGCAACUCGUCGCAAUUGAAGCGUCGCAAUGCAAUGGGUGCCCAUGGUGGUAGCUAUAGUAUCUACAACGCCUUGGCCAUUGCCGCCGGCGACUUGCCGAAGGACUUCAAGCCCGACUUUCGUAACACCGAGCCGACCUUUCAAUUCCCGCAACAACCGGCAUGGAGUGACCGCAUGAAGAUUGUCUCGCUGGACCCGUUCGGCCAUGAUAUCAUCAAGAACUUCAAGGAGUAUUUGGAUGUUGGCUGGGAUUUACGACCAACAAUGGCCGUGACGCGGGCAAACAUGAGAUUGGCUGAGAUUGAAAAGGCUGUUAGUGAAGGCAAACUCGAAGUUGAUGGGUCGGUUAUUGUGGGCAAGAACGGUGACGUCAAAGUAACCAAAGUUGCUGUCGAACCUGUAUGGUAUUUGCCAGGCGUAGCCGAGCGAUUCGGUGUGGAUGAAGGAACCCUUCGUCGAAUGUUAUUCGAACACACCGGUGGAAGUUAUCCAGAGCUGAUCACUCGGCCUGAUCUCAAAGUCUUCCUUCCUCCGAUUGGUGGUCUCACUGUGUAUAUUUUUGGUCCUCCCGAACGUGUCGCUGAUGAGAACGUGAAGCUGGCUCUUCGAAUCCAUGAUGAGUGUAAUGGUAGUGAUGUUUUCCAGUCAGAUAUUUGCACGUGCAGACCAUAUCUCGCAUUUGGUGUUCAAGAGGCUAUCAAGGAGGCCCAAAAUGGAGGAAGCGGAGUGGUGAUUUAUUUCCGAAAGGAAGGACGUGCUUUGGGCGAGGUGGUGAAGUAUCUAGUUUACAAUGCCCGAAAACGCGGUGGUGACACUGCAGACAAGUACUUUGAGAGGACUGAGAAUAUUGCUGGGGUUCGUGAUAUGCGUUUCCAAGCUCUCAUGCCAGACAUUCUUCACUGGCUCGGCAUCAAGAAGAUCGACCGUAUGCUAUCAAUGUCGAACAUGAAACAUGAUGCAAUUGUUGCUCAGGGAAUCAAGAUUAUAGAGCGUAUUCCCAUUCCAGAAGAAAUGAUCCCCCAGGACUCCCGCGUUGAAAUCGACGCAAAAAUAAAUGCCGGCUAUUUCACAACCGGAAAAAAAUAUACAACGGAGGAGUUGGCGCAAGUCAAGGGACGUGGAUGGGAGAAGUGGGAAGAUGUCACGCAUUGA